ACAAAAUGGAUGCGAUAGUGGCCGUGUGUGACCUGUACCGGAGGGAUAUCAAUGAAGCUGUGGCCAGUCUUCGACAACGGGGACUACUUCCCUCGCAGCGCAGCUCCCGUUCAAGGCGUUCAUCGAGAAGCACCCGAACCGCAGUGCAGUGGUUACGAACUUCUGCUGCUCCAGUACAGAAUCGUGCCUGUACUCAAACUGAGCACAGAAUUGUUAUUGAAGUACUUUUCUGCGGAGCUGUGCUGACAUUCUUUUCUCAUAUUGGUUCAUCUUUCGGUUCGCACAUUGCCAAUCCUAUGCUGUCCUCUAUAUUUGAUAAACUUGGCGCUUCCAUAUUUGCCUUUUUGGUACUGCCAUUGUUCACAAAAUUAAUGCUUAAAAAGCACCAGCGCAAAAGCGUUCGUGACAGUGCCAUGCGGUUCAUGCUCUUCUUAGUUGCUGUCUUGCAAGGGAUGGUGUCAGGAUUCGUCAUUGACAGCACGUACAUAAGUGGUGAACCGCUACCUUUUGUCACACCGUUAGCAAUAUCGAUGGCCUACGUGGGCGAAAUCAACUCAUUCUACAAAUCAUUUGGCUGCUCUGACCGCCUGCGCUACUGUAGCCUUUGCCGCUAAUCUUGUAAUCGGAACUUUGUUGAAUUUUGUAACAAAAACAUAUGAGCUGAUGACAUUUGCCUAUGUCGCGGCAGGAUUGAUCACAUUGGACAAUGCUAAGAGAAACGUGAAAAAAGCGGGAACUGAAUACUAUCAGCAAUUUUUCUUACUUCAAUCUAUUACACUAAUCAGAGCCUUAACAUUUUUGAUAUGUGGAUACUAUAACGCCGAAGAUGCUUAUGGAAGACUAUGGUAAAAACGCAGAAAUGAUGUCACUGAUGAAAAGAUCUUACACAGAUGCAAACUUGAUAAACUCGCUAAAAAGUUGUACUUUGUCUUCUAAAUAUAAAGCAGUCC